AUGUGUAACGCAUACCAUCACGAUCAUUGUGAACGGUGUUAUGUACCAUCACCACAGCCAUCCGGUUACGUUAUUACAUCGUAUCCAGCGACACAACCGACGAAUCAACUGACACCACUAGCGUAUUGGAGUGGUGUUCUAGACUUCGUGCAAAAAAGACGUCUGCGUGUUUCUGUCUUUCUUUUCUCCAUUAAGGAUACAUAGACUCGGUGUUCAACUGAUGUAAGUUUUAUUCUUCCAGAAUGGAGAAAUUUUCCUGAUAGCAUUCGAAACUAAAGUAUUGAAAAAUGCACAGGCGAUUUUCGAAAAAUAACCUGUUUUAAAUAUAAAAAGUCAAAGUCCAUCCUGAAUUACCAACUGGAGACUUUUGAGAUGAGUAGCUUUAUUCGAAACGGCACCAACCAUGAAAGACUAUGGUUUUCUUAGCUAAUUUUCUUUACAUAACGAUUGAUUAAAACUAUGCGCUUAUCUCAGGCACUUGCUGCAAGAAAAUGAUGCAUAGUCUCUCCCCCAUUUUGCAGUCCUUUUCUCUGUCCUGGUUAAAUCGUGUUUUACUCGGACUUUUCUUCGAGAACAUGAUGUGGUUAAGUUUCAUUAUAACUCGCUCUUUGAAGACGUUUUUGAAGACAACUUAUUCUGAAUAACUUACCAUAUAAAUUAUUUAAGUUUUUGCAUUAGAGCCUUAGCGUAUAGCACAUUAUCUUCUUUUAAAUGUCGCAUACAGAAAUCUGGAUGUGAACAUAGUGCGCAUCUCGUAUGUGGGAUAAAGAAGAUACACUGUACGCUAAGGCUCUAUUAUACUUCUGUAUGCGCUAGAC